AUGAGCCCCCCAAUCAUCACGUCGUGGUCAUCGCCGCCACUCUCACCUCUCGUGAAGCUUUGCAAAGGCCGGGACCAGAUCGAAGCGACCUACCCUCUGCUGGCGUUCUACGCCGUCAACCCCGCCUCCGCAUCUCAUCUCACAGAGCUUGCCCUUGAUCCCGAUGGCUGGCCCAAAUUCAUCUCUUGCUUUAUGGGGGAUCCGAAUGCCCCUCUCGACGAACCAGUCAAACCCGUAGACGAAACAGCCCAUGGCCUUCUUGAAGAUCGCGUACGAAAGCUUGGCCUUAGCGACAAGGCUACACAGGUCAUGCUGCGAACUUUGGCGUGGAAAAAGGCCCAUCUACUUGGUCAGAAGCCCGAUUCACCUAAAGGAUUCGCGAAACACAACAAUCUUUACGCCGAGGUCGCCUCAAUACUCCUGAUUUCCUACGCCAGGAACAUCAACCAUCUCUACGUCGGCGGCGGCAUUAGUUGGAGGCCCCUUCUGGAGGAAUAUUUGAAGAAAUCCAAUUAUGGCCUCAUUCCAGCUGAACAUCGGGCGUUCCAGAGCCUGGAAACUGUCGAGGUACUGGACUUGUCGUGGCAUGACGACGAACGCAACUACUUCAGGCUGGAGUACCUAGCCCAUCUUCACUACUUCCAUCGUCUACCAAAAUUCAGAAACUACGUUGUGGACGGAACCGCAGAAUACCAAAUUGACCUCCAGGUUUUCCCGCCGAAGUCAUCAUCACCGUCGUUCAAGCGCAUCCAGGCCAGACACACAGAUAUUUCAGGUGGCGUGUUGGGAACGCUUCUUCGAACUCCUAAGGGUUUGGAAGAGGUCGUUGUGUCCAUGGGCGGCCUGUGGUCAGGGGAUGGAGGAAGCCCAUUGGUCCAACUGAAGACGCUCGGAAAGUGCCUGCUGGACCAGAAGGACACUCUUCGCGUUAUUGAUCUGGAUCUCGAGCACGGCAUUUACGCCCGCGAGCCUGAGGAAGAAGAUGAGAUGGUCGAUCAAGACGUCGAUGAAGACUACGAUGUAGAAGGAGUGAGUAUGCGCUCCGUUCGGGAGGAUGAAUACUUCCGGAUAGCCGAGUCAUUCGCAACAGGACCUCUCUUCUCGAACGAACUCCCUGACACAAGGAAGUACGGCUACACCAUCGGUUCCUUUCACGACUUCGACCAGCUCACUCAUUUGAGCAUCAACGUUCAGGCUAUCGUGGGACCUAGCAAGAGUGCCUCAACACCACCUUACACGAAAACACUCACCGAACAACCGCCUUUCCGAAUGAUCGAUGCACUGCCUGUUAACUUGGAGCAUUUUUGUCUUUAUGGCUAUCGAAAGGGAGACAACCUCGACGUCGAUGCGCACGUCAAUGAGUUCAUGGAGAAGAAGGCAGAGCGUCUUCCACGCUUGAAGGAGGUCGGAGGCAUUGACGAAGAAGUGGUUGGCGAAGGCGCGAAGUAUGGCAUCGAUGCCGAUGAAGAUGAUCUUUGGAGAGGGAAUAUGGACAAGCUUGAACGGUUGAAGUCGUGGGAGGAGUGA